UCUAGGGUUUCACAAACAUGUUGCCUGGAUUUAGAUUUAACCCUACUGAUCAAGAACUUGUGGGCUUCUAUCUUCUCCACAUCAACAACCAAAAAGACUCUGCGUUCCACAUUGAUCACCAGUUUCCUGUUCCGUUCUGCGAUUUCUACGGUGGAGAAGAGCCUUGGCAAAUUUGGAAGAGAUUCGGUGGAGAGCAGAAGAAUAAUCUUGAACGUCUUUUCUUCCACACCAAGCUAAAGAAGAAAGCUACCAGGGGCAACGGCACCAACAUUGAUCGCAAGUUUGGUUCUGGAGGCGGAGGAUGGCACGGUGCGACUUCCGGUGACAAAUCACCCAUUCAUGUUUCUGAUUUAGUAGGCUACAAGAAGAGUUUCAGCUAUUGGAACAAAUCGAGACCCGACCAAGACCGCUGUUGGAUCAUGACGGAAUACAGUGUGGAGGGGAGGGGCUGGGAGUUUGUGAUUUGUGAACUGAAACCUGGCAGAAAACAACCCAAGAAAAGAAAUCAUGAGGCUGCAGUUCUUGAGAGUGAAGCAAAAAGAUGCAGGAUUGAACAAGACAAUGGAGAUCAGGCCGUUGCAACUGAAACAAAUGAGAAAGGAUGCAGGAUUGAACAAGAGUACAAUCAAGAAUAUCCGAAUUAUGGUGAUGGCUUAACUGAAGAAUACGUAGCAGAAGAAGCAAAUUGUUAUGAUGAGGGUACAGUAACUUUGCAAGACAAUCAAGAGGGCACAUAUUCUGAGAAUGGAGAAGAUGCAUUGGAAUGGGAACGUCUUGAUGAAUUGCUCAAUUCUGAGCCGCUGCCGCCAUCUAACUUUGCCGAGAAGAACACUGAGAUGAAUGGAGAGGUAAAAGAGGGAGGUGAGGAGAAUUUGGAUGGAUUUUUUGAGGGAUUGGAAGAUCUUAACUUCAGUGGGAAUUUUUUGGAGCUGAUGGAUUUUGAACUGCCGCUUUAUGAUGCUAAUUAGGGACAUUAAUUGUUUUUAUUUUUUCUAGACCAGUUUUUGUUAUGUAUAGUUUUAAUCAU